CCGCCAUUUUGGGAAGAGCUUUGUUAUGGUUGUGGGCUGACUGCCUUUGCCAGGUCGAGAAACUGGAAACGCGUCCUCAGACGUCGCGUCUCGUCCUUGGCUGUCGCCUGGCUGCUGCCCGGGUCAAAGAUGUGUGUGGCCUUUUAAAUGAUUGAGUGAAGAUGGAAAUGGAUUCAAAUUAAUACAUGACUUCUCUAUCAAAGCAAUAGAAGAUUCUUUACAUCACCUUCAGUAGCUCAAUUCAGUUUUGAGAAGGAGCAGAACAAGUGAAAUUUGAAGAGAAAAGAAAGAAGAAAUUUGAAGAAAAUUGAAGAGAAGAAAACCUCAUUUGGAACUGUCUUUCUCUUUGACUACUACGUACCCCCUGUCUUUCUGCUUAUUUUACCUUUGCUCUGAAUUUAUAAAUAAAGACCAAAGAAAUAGAAUAUACAUUUAGGAGCUUUAUACCAAGAAAUUUGCUUUGAAAGCUGCUGUUCCAUGGUGGGAAAAGUAUAACAAGUUCUUACCUGAUUUUUUCCUUUUUCAGACGAGAUUUCUAAUGUCCUUAGAUUUUGUAGGAUAAGACAAAUAUAAAUACAUAUGUGCACAUUAUUUUUAGCAGUUGUGUACAUAAGAAUAAGGAGAUUUGUAUUUUAGGGCUUUGUCAUGUGGGUGUUUUACCACUGAAGUUAAUUCCUCACAGUAUCUUUUAUAGUAGGACUUUAAUAUUGUUGAUCUAUCAUCUUGAUGACAUUACUUGCCCACACUUGAGCCCACCUGUCUUUCUAGCUAUGACCUUGUUAUGAGCAGCAUUUGGACUCACUGUGCAAAUGUCCAUGUAUCACCUAAUUAAGCAUCAUCAUAGUGCCAUAACUCAAGGAAGUUGAAUGAGGUGAAUGUAGACAUAGCUCUUUCCCCUUCCCCCCCUUUUUUAAAUGUAACAAAUCCUUUUUAUGUUCCCCUUCCCCUUUCCCCCUUCCCCUUUUCCCCUUUUGGAAACGUGUUAGUAGUUUAAGACGAGUGAUUGAGGGCCUGAGAAAGCAAACCACACAGAGGCUGGCUUCUUUGUGUUUCAUCUUAAGCUGUGCUGCUGGCUAGGUUACUUUAAGCACACGUUUAACAAGGAAACCUCGUGGAAAAUCCAGCUGGCAGACUCAAGUUCAGGAAGCAGGACCACAGAGGUUAUACUCUGGGAUCCUGGACAUGAGGUUGGAUGCCUCACCUUAUUGAAAAAGAGACACUGGACCUAAAUGGCGCAGCAUGAUUUUGUUCCUGCUUGGCUAAAUUUCUCAACACCACAGUCAGCUAAGUCCCCUACUGCCACCUUUGAAAAACACGGAGAGCAUCUAUCCCGAGGAGAAAGUAGAUUUGGAGUGAGCCGUCGUCGACAUAAUUCCUCUGAUGGCUUUUUUAACAAUGGAUCCCUACGAACCAUAGGAGAUUCCUGGCAUCAGCCCUCCCUGUUCCGCCAUGAUUCUGUGGACUCUGGUGUCUCAAAGGGAGCAUAUGCUGGAAUCCCAGGGAACCCAUCUGGUUGGCAUGGCUCUUCCCGAGGUCAUGAUUCUAUGAGCCAGCGUAGUGGAGGUGGUGUGGGGAACCAUCGCCAUUGGAAUGGCAAUGUCCAUUCUCGUAAAGGCUGCUCCUUUCAGGAAAGGCCACCUGCAGAGAUUAGGGAAGAAAAGAAAGAAGACAAGGUGGAAAAGUUGCAGUUUGAAGAAGACGACUUUCCUUCUUUGAAUCCAGAAGCUGGCAAACAGAAUCAGCCAUGCAGACCUUUUGGGACCCCUUCUGGAGUGUGGGAAAACCCACCUAGUGCCAAGCAACCCUCCAAAAUGCUAGUUAUCAAAAAAGUUUCCAAAGAGGAUCCUGCUGCUGCCUUCGCUGCUGCAUUCACCUCACCAGGAUCUCACCCCGCAAAUGGAAACAAAUCAUCCUCCAUAGUUCCAAGUGUCUAUAAGAACCUGGUUCCUAAGCCUGUACCACCUCCUUCUAAGCCCAGUGCAUGGAAAGCUAACAGAAUGGACCACAAAUCAGGAUCCCUUUCCUCUAGCCGGGAGUGUGCUUUUACCAAUCCAAUCUCUGUCACUAAACCAGUGCUACUGGCUGCUGGUGCAGUUCUGAGUUCUCCCAAAGAGAGUCCGUCCAGCAUCACCCCUCCAGUUGAGAUCAGCUCUUCUCGUCUGACGAAGUUGACCCGUAGAACCACUGACAGGAAGAGUGAAUUCCUGAAGACUCUGAAGGAUGGCCGGAAUGGAGAUUUCUCAGACAACAGAGACUGUGAUAAGCUAGAGGAUUUGGAGGAUGACAGCACACCUGAACCAAAGCAAAAUGGAGAGGAAGGCUGUCACCAGAAUGGUCUUGCUCUCCCAAUACUGGAAGAAAGGGAGAUUCUCUCACACUCUCUGGAAGCAGAGCACAGGUUAUUGAAAGCAAUGGGAUGGCAGGAAUAUCCUGAAAAUGAUGAAAACUGCCUUCCCCUUACAGAGGAUGAGCUCAAAGAAUUCCACAUGAAGACAGAGCAGCUGAGAAGAAAUGGCUUUGGAAAGAAUGGCUUUUUGCAGCGCCGCUGUUCCAGCCUGUUCUCCCCUUGGCGAAGCACUUGUAAAGCAGAGUUUGAGGCUUCAGACACAGAAACCAGUAGCAGUGAAACAUCAGAUGAUGAUGCCUGGAAAUAGGCAUAUAAAUGCUCACAGUAAAAUCUGACCCAGUGAGCUCUGUUUAGGGAGUAUGCAAAAGAAAGUGUUCUUUUCCUUUAUGUUACUACUUCAUGCACAAGGGAAAUGAUCAUAUCCCAAAGAGAGCGAUUGGCUUGUUUAGCUUUUGUGUUCUUUUCUGUUAUCUGCUUAAUAGAGAAGUUUGUGUGGUAGGAAAGAUUUUUAAAAUACACACACAGUAUAUAUGGGGCAAUGCACGGGUAGAAGCUGGCAAUGCAGAGAAGAGAACGCUGUUCUGGGGCAACAGCUUCUACUACCAGCCCUUGGGGCACUCACCCCUGUGCUCAAGCAAUCAUUGUCAAUGACAAAGUGACUGUUGAAGUUAUAAUUGUAUUAAAUUAAUGCUAAUAAUUUGGAUAUUUUAUUUUAUUUUUGGCUGCUGGGGUAACUUUAGCCCUUAACCAAGCAUAUGUGGGUUUUAUUUUUUUUUCUUUUUCCUCUUGGGUACAGCUGUAAAAAAUUUGGAUAUAGGAAAUGUGUUAUUCUUGCAGCCUUGAUAUUCAGGGUGGAUUGUAAAAUAUAAAUUUUUGUGAGAUUUCAAAGAUUAAGAUUAUUUUGAUAACAUUAUUUACAGAUUUAAAAAAGAUGUGGUUAUCACAAGUCUGUUAAGGGGGAAAACUACUGCAUAAAAUAACUAACUUGGAAUAAAUAUUUUGCAUCAGUUUG